GCUACGUACGAAUAAUGACGCAGCAGCCGCCAAAAUCAAAAAUCCGCAACUUGAAGCCAAUGUUUUCAUCUGUGUAGCUACAUUAUUUAACACAGAAUAAAGAAAAACACUUGUGAGACAUGGAGGGAGCGUCUGCGAAAGGUGUUUUGAGUCAACUGAGUCUGCUGGAGGUUCAGGCAAGAAGUCGUAAAACUCAACCCCAGCAGCAGAGUCGUGCGAGGGAGCUGAAGGCUAAAAGAGAAGCGCUGACGAUCCAGAGAGACCAGCUGAAGGCACAGAUAGAGACACACAAGAGUCUCCAGAAACUAAGGGCAUCUAUGGACAAACAGUGUACACAUGAAGAAGAGGAGGAAAUGGAGGAAGACUCUGAGAACUCACAACUAUUGCGGUUGAUGGCCAGACAUACACAACUGAAAGACCUUCUGCAUGCUCAUCACAUCAUUGGUGGGUACAAUGUCAUAAAGACUCGUCAAGGUAAAGGAGUGUGCGUGUCUCUGGCGACGGCCUACGAGGGCGUCUACUUGGAAACCUACAACCUGGAGAUAGAGCUGAAGCCAAGGCUGAGGAUCAGUCGGCAUAACAUUCCCCCGUUCAUUCCCUUGAACAGCCUGGCUGAACAGAGCAACAUGAAGUCAGACAUGAGGACGUUUCUGGACACCCUCAGCCAACAUCUCAACGCCUUUGUUGGUCGCAAGCAGCAGUUGAAGCUUGUGAAGGAACUCCAUAAGUCUGUGGAAGUGAUGGAGAGUAAUGUUUUGUGUUCAUUAUUGGUGAUGAUGUUCACUGUGCCGAGAGAGAAGACGGCUGUUCUCUGCACGCUGGACUACACCGACCACACCAAAUGUCUUCCCACACGAGUCCACUUUGAAUGUGAAGACAAGGAGCUAUCUGAUUCUCCAGUGUGGAAGAGAAACUGCAGCCUACUCACGCAGACUCCUGUGCACAAAGCUUUGAUAACCAUGAGGAAGAUGGGGAAUAUUGUAUAAUUUAUUCAGAAAUAGUGAAGCUGGCAUUUUUAAUGAAAAAAAUAUGUACAUUGUCAUUGUUUAUAAUAAAACACUGUUGAUUAAACUCUU